AUGUCCAGCCCAGUGCCCCAGCCUGGUCCCUCAGGCUCUCAGGUCCAGCCUGGGGGCUUGGGCCCCUGUCCCGGGGCUGUUUCCCCAGUAGCCCCGCGCCGCCUAGCUCCGGGAUGCCUGGAGUCCUCCUUCUCUGUCGAGGCCAUCCUGGCAAGACCCAAGACUCGAGAGCUGGCUGCCACUUCUCUGCCGUUCUCUACCUGCGCCAGUCUGAACGUCGGUUCGGUGUCGCAAUACGGGGUCCUGCCCUGGGUGUGCCCCACAGGGACUUGGCUGCCUGCCUACCUGAGCGUGGGCAUCUACCCGCUGUGCUCCACGUUCUGCGUGCCGGGACUGAAUGGGACUCACCUCUGCCAGCAGGGCCUCAGGCUCACAGGAUCAGAGCUACCUUGUUGUCUAGGCCCUCUGAAAUGGGCACCCACCGUGGGCCUUCAGGACCACGGUGCUGAGAGACACCAAAAGAGGGUCCGCACAAUAUUUAACUUGCAGCAGCUGCAGGAGUUGGAGAAGGUCUUUGCAAAGCAGCACAACCUGGUGGGAAAGGAGAGAGCCCAGCUGGCUGCCAGGCUGCACUUGACGGAGAACCAGGUGCGGAUCUGGUUCCAAAAUCGCAGGGUGAAGUAUCAGAAGCAGCAAAAACUGAAAUCGCCUUCCUCCUCUGCCACAGAGGAGCCGUCCAGCAGCUCAGAAGGCAGCAACCAGAAGGAAGAUGCUGGCCGGGCGUAUUGA